CGUUUUGCAAGCAGCAGACUGCGUGUUAACACCGCUCCAUUCAACUCUCCUGAAGUUCGAUGAAAAGUGUCCGGGGUGUCGUGGUCGGGGCCGGUGUGGUUGGACUCUCCACUGCUGUCUGCAUCGCCGAGAACCUCCCUCUCUGCUCGGUCACUCUUCUGUCGGAGAAGUUCAGCCCAAACACCACCAGUGAUGGAGCUGCUGGGAUCGUGUUGGCUGCUGAAUUUCCAGAUAUCCUUCUGGAAAGACAACGACGCUGGUUCAAGGACAGCUUUGAUAACCUGCUAGCUAUUGCACAAUCUCAGCACUCACCCGAUGCUGGCGUAAUGCUGAGCUCUGGCUGGCAGAUUUUCAAGGAAGUUCCGACCAACAGGAAACCAUUCUGGUCUGACUUUGUGACUGGCUUUAGAAAUAUGACUGAUGGCGAACUGAAACGUUUUCCAGAUCACAAGUUCGGACAAGCAUUCACUACUGUUAAGUGUGAAUGCUCCACCUACCUUCCCUGGCUCGAGGAAAGGUUUAGAAAAGCUGGAGGCCGGGUGGAGCAGAAGAAAGUUAACAGUCUGCAGGAGUUAAGUGACAGCUUUGACUUUAUUGUCAACUGCUCCGGUCUUGGGUCGAAACAGUUGGUGGGUGACGCAAGCGUGUACCCAGUCAGGGGCCAGGUCCUCAAGGUGGAUGCGCCCUGGUUGACGCACUUCAUCAGAGACGGAGACGGGAAAACCUACAUCUACCCUGGCAUACACAGCGUCACCAUAGGUGGAACGAGACAGGAGGGAGACUGGCGGCUACAUGUGGACAAAGGAGACACCGAUGGCAUCCUGGACCGCUGCAGCAGUCUGGAGCCAUCCUUGAAGAAAGCAAAAGUUCUCAGCGAGUGGGUCGGUCUGAGGCCGAGCAGAAGGAACCCUAGGGUUGAGAGGGAGUGGCUGCAGCUGCAGGGCCGUAUGGUGCCGGUUGUUCACAACUAUGGCCAUGGGGGCUGGGGGGUCACCAUCGCCUGGGGUACAGCUUUGGAUGCCCUGGAAUUGGUCAGGCAGUGCCUUAAAGAAAUGCCUCAACAGGCUAAACUGUGAAGUAAUUAGACCACUAAAACCUACCUUUACUCCAGACAGAACAUCCUAGCAUCAUGUUUCAAUCCCCACAUUCAGAUCAUGUUAUACAUUUUUGUUCCAAUCUUUCAUGUUAAUACCGUGAUAGCAUAAAACUAUACUAAACAAGGUUAUCAUACAGUAAAAAUCUCAUACCGGCCCAUAUCAAGUUGUAAUCUAUGGAUACAUUUUAUUUCAGUUUAGUUUUUUGUCUAAUCAUUAACAGAUUUUACAACAUACCAUAAAUACCUUAUUUAAUAGCAAACUUAUAGUGGUACAUACAGUAUAUUUAAUAAAGAAAACUUUAUAAAUUGAAUUAAUGAAUAGGUAAACAUUUUUAUCAUUUACAUUAAUAAAAACUAAUUGUGGGAAACAGAUGGAAAAGUCAUGAAGAUGAUGCUGCAGCUAACAUGUCUAACAUCUACAUAAUAAACAUUAAAUGCAUAUAAAUCAUACCUAUAUAAGUACAAUACUAACUUUAAACCUUUCAUCCAUCUUCAGUAGGAAGGUAUAUUUACAUGAAUAUAACAAGAAUUGUUUGUAACUGAAGAUUAUAAUGGAUUGCAUGGAUAUGUUUAGUUGCAAUAACCUCAGUAAUACUGAAGAUUUUGUUCUGAUGAAAUGGUUCCUUGCUGCUGAGGUACUGCUGGACUCUGGUCUGAACCUCUGCAGAACCUUUUGUAAAAAAAGUUUUAGUAAAAAGUGCUGCACUUUA